AUGAUCAAAUGGAUCAUACAUGGGAUGGUUCAGGGUGUACGUGAGCUUGAGAUCUUCCACACUGAAGAACACUUAAAGGAACUUAGACCAAUCAGAUUACCAAAGAGUCUUUAUACUUAUGACAAGCUCGAGGUCUUGAAGCUCACUUACUCGAUUGGUCUCGAUGUUCCUGUCGAUGUUUGGCUUCCGUCUUUGAGAACGUUACACCUUAUCAAUGUUAAGUAUGAGACCAAAGAAUGUCACAGUCGGCUUUUGUCGGGAUGUCCUGUUCUUGAGGAGUUGGUGUUGGACAAGAGUUUAAACAGUAACUCUCUGAGGACUUUCUAUGUUGAAAUGCCUAACUUGCAGAGUUUAUCUAUAAUUGAUAUAUGUGAAGAACCGGACUAUGGUGUUGGUGGGCUUCAUAUGACUGUGAUCAAUGUCCCGUGUUUGAAGUAUUUGAACUUUGUUGAUUACGAUGAUGACUUGUGUUUGUGUGAGAACAUGCCUGAGGUAGUUGUGGCAAAUGUUAGAGUUGUUAACAAUAGUCCAGAGAAGCUAGUGGCUUCGCAGCUGCUUUGGAUUUUAUCGUCUGUUCAUUUGGAGCUAUGUGCAGCUUCCCGAGGGUGGUGGAAUCUACUUACUCGGAUGCUAGAAAGUUCUCCUAAACUACAAGUUCUCAAAAUAUGUGUGUGCAAUGAACGCCCUUGUACCACGAGGUCUAUUAGAGGUCACUGGAGAGGACCAAGUUCGGUUCCUGAAUGUUUGAUGUUCCAUCUACAUACUUUCGAGUGGAAGAAUUACAACGCAAAAGACGAAGAGAAGAAAAUAGUGGCGUACAUCCUUAACAACGCAAGACAGUUGAAGAUUGUGGGUAUCUCUGGGUGGAGAUACCAUUCCAAGGAAGAGAGAUCUAAGAAACUCAAUGAGUUGGUUUCUCUGCCUAGAGCUUCAAGCUCACAGAUGGACUGA